CGGAAAUUCUUCCGUUCAUUUUGAAAAGCAGUUGGGCUAAGUGAUUAGCUUCCACUUAGCUAGUGUCUAAAACCCAGGAUUUAGACUCUCUAUUUUAAUCCCAAAAUGCCACUUUGGGGCUUUAAACAACAAUACGUAUGGAGCAAAUUAACGGCGUUAAAGUGAUACUAGUUAAUUCUGAGUUGAAGAUGAGCUCCCUAUCAGCCCAGGCCUCCGCCUCAGGCACGCCAUGCAAGGCAUUGCCUGGAGAAGGAAAUCAGGUCCAACCCAAGGCCCCACUCUUGCAAAUACUGCGCAUUGCCGGAGCCCAGGAGGAUGUCUUCACACUCAAAGAGGUAAUGCACUACUUGGGCCAGUACAUUAUGGGAAAGCAGCUCUAUGACAAACAGAGGCAGCACAUUGUUCACUGCCAGGAUGACCCUUUGGGAGAGCUACUUGAAGUGGAGAGCUUCUCUGUCAAGAACCCAAGCCCGGUGUAUGAAAUGCUCAAAAAAUACGUCGUCAUACUUGGUAGUACUGACGCUGCAGAGAAUCUUUCUGUGGGCCAUGAGUGUGUAGAGGGCGGAGUGGAAGAUCGUGGUCAGAUGUUGGUCAAAGCAGGACCAGAGGCUGCCGGUGAAAGGCCUCCCCUGCUGACCUGUUCCCAGAGAAGACCUCGAGAUCCCGAUGAUGACUCCCUUGAAGGUUUGCCACACACUGCCUGCAAACGACCCAAAUUAGAUGUCAGUCUUGAUGACUGGGACCUCUCUGGCUUGCCCUGGUGGUUUUUGGGCAAUCUCCGCAGCAACUACAGCCGCAGGAGCAAUGGCUCCACUGAUAUUCACACCAACCAAGAGGAGGACACAGCCAUUGUGUCGGACACCACAGAGGACCUGUGGUUCCUGACGGAAGGCGAGAGUGAGCAAGUGAGUGUGGAGAUGAAGGAGGCCGCGCUGGAGGAGAGAAGCGCAGGAGAAGGAGAUGCUCAGCUUGUUGAGGAGGAUGGGGGAGAAAAAGAGAAGAUGGAUAGAGAGAUGCAGGAGGAGCCAGAUGAAGACUCUCAGUGUCUCAGUGAUGACACAGACACCGAGAUCUCCACACAGGAUGCGUGGCAGUGCAGCGAAUGCAGGAAGUACAACUCCCCCCUGCAGAGGUACUGCGUCCGCUGCUGGGCCCUGCGCAAGAACUGGUACAAAGACGUGCCCCGACUUGCCCACUCCCUUUCCGUCCCCGACAUUCCGGCGUUCAGCUCCCUGAGCGCGCACCGGGAGGACGAGGACAGCGACGCGGGUAUCGACGUCCCCGACUGCAGCCGCACCGUUUCCGACCCGGUCAUUCUGCCCUCCCAUGCCACGGCUGACAGACCGCUGCCACACGCCACGACGGCCCGACGCCCUUCCGGCCACAGGGACGAGCAGGCAUCAGGGGGGGAGAGUCAGGAGAGUCUGGGCAUGGAGGUGGAAUGCCCCCCGGAGGCCCUGCUGGAGCCGUGCAAGCUGUGUGGGGUUAGACCUCGCAAUGGCAACAUAAUCCACGGACGCACGGCCCACCUCCUCACCUGCUUCCCAUGUGCCAGGAGGCUCCAUAAGUUCCAGGCUCCUUGCCCGGGAUGCGGAAAGAUUAUCCAGAAAGUCGUCAAGAUAUUUGUCGUGUAGAAUACCAACGGCGCUCUCAUUUGCAUGCACUCUGUGUACUGUGUUUAGCACCAUCUUCAUUUAGCACUUUGGCGCCUCUGAAGGACGGACGGAGCCGUAUUUUGUUUGGUGCCACAUUCUCGCAAGGUAUCAGUAAGAGCAGAGAUAUAUAUUAAUUUAUGAGAGUGGCCGUGCAGCUAUUUUGUGCCCUUAUGGUAAAAUAAGAUCUCUUGAAUGGUGCUCUCUGAAAAGAAGUAUUUUUUUUUUUGUCUUGAUUAGUUCUCCUCACAAAUUGCCUGUGCAGAGAAGAAUCAAAGACUUUCUUCCACCCCUCUUUCCAGUUUGUUUUCAAUCUUCCGUUUGGGUCAAGGAUGCGAGUAGAAGACAAGGCUGCGGAAUGAAAUGAAACUACGAUGCUCUUACUACAAUCGUCUUCCUCAGCUCUCCCUUUGUAUGUAAGCCAAGAAUCUCCAAUUACUGUCUAAUUGCUCAAAAUGAUAUCCGAAAUUUCAACAUUUUCUCCUAGGGCGGCCUUAUUUGACCAGACCACCAGUAACCUGACUAUGUAUUUAUGAUCAUUUUAAAUAGAAGGAAAAGCCUGCACGUGUUCUGUUUAAGAGUAGACAAAGUAAAACGUUUUCCAGGCAAAAUGCAUUAAUUGUAGUAAAAUCAAAAGGCUUAAGGGGGAGGUUGGUGGUUGAUAAGAGCUUUUCACUGCCAUGUGUGUUUUUCUUUAGAUUUUGGUACCAUGCCUUUGAAUUAUUUGAAAGAUUGUAAAGUACAACUUCAUACUUACAUUACUUUUUGAGUGAUGAUGUUGAGCCUUCUACAUAAGCUGUACAGAUGUCACCGAGCUUCAGUGAAGUUGAUGAUUUUUGUCUCCUUGCUUGCGCUUUAUUUCUCUGCCUAUAGGGGGCGAUAUAUUUUCUGUGGUGGUGUGGACAAGCUGUACAUUAGCACUAACAAUAAAAAGCAAAUGUAGACA